UGAGGGUGGGAUGCUACAUUUGUUACUUGCUGCACGCUUGUUGUUGACACACAACUCUUUGGCAGUCGAGGUGGUGAAAUGACACAGAGGACUAUUAAUGCUGUAAAAUAGAAAGAGACAGAAAACCUCUCUGGGCUCAUUGAAAUACAUCUGCGUCACUGACAAGAUGGGGGAGGGAGGGAUGGAUGGAAGUGACAAUUUGGACCUGAGAUCUAUGACAGCACAGUUGUGUGUGAGCGUGCAUAUAUAGGGACCACAUUGUUUGCAGUACCUGUCAAAGACUCUUCGUUGGUUUUAUGCAAUUCUCUGGAGACAGCUGCGUGAAGUGGGGAGGAAGCUUGUAGGUGACUCUUUUAAGGUGUAAAGCCACCUGCCCUGCCUGCAGGUUGUAUCGUAUUGUUCACAAGGUAACCUCGUCAUUCUGUCUGAGUGAGGGUUUCAGCAAUUAGUGUGUGCACCGCUCAAAUCUGGGCGCCCCCAAUGUAAAACAUCCACACACACACACACCAGCUCUGUGCCUCGCUCCAUACAACUGGACUCCUCCUCCUCUUCCCCCUACCUCCCUCCUUUUUUUUAUUUUCGCUAAACUCUUACACUUGAUACACAUACACACACGAAGUCAGCAGGAGUUCAGACAGCAACGACAUGUCAGGCUCCGGGAGGAAGGAAUUCGACGUGAAACACAUCCUGCGGCUUCGCUGGAAACUGUUCAACCACCCGCCCUCCAGCUCAAGCGGGACUGGGGGCUGCCCACAGCAGCAGCAGCAGCAGCAGCAGCAACAACAGGACAGCUUCGAGCACUGGGGCACCAGCCAGAACAGGCUGAAAAAUCACAGUCACGACAGAGGCAUCGGCUCCUGGAAAAAAAGCAGCGCUCUCAAUGGCAUCCUGCCCCCGGGACACAGCAGAGGUGGCACAUUGCAGUGCCAGACACAGCAACGCACUGUCUUUUACGUGGAAACGCUGGAAGAAGUGCCCAGGUUAGAGUUUACCAGGGAGGGCACGGCAACACUGGAAGAAGUGAAGAAGGAACUGGUGAACACUGACUGUUGUGAGGGAACAGGUGAUGGAUGCCUGCACAGGCUGACAGUGACUAGCCAUCCCCUGAUGCCACACAGUGAUUUGGAAGCAGGCAGCUCUGAGGAGCUCUUCCAGGCUGUGAACCAUGCAGAGCAAACCUUUUGUAAGAUGGAGAUCUAUCUGAAGCAGCAGCAGCUAUGUGAUGUCAUCCUGAUUGCUGGAAACCGAAAAAUACCUGCUCAUAGACUUGUUCUUAGUGCUGUUUCAGACUAUUUUGCUGCAAUGUUCACCAGUGAUGUUUGUGAAGCUAAGCAAGAGGAAGUCAAAAUGGAGGGCAUAGACCCUGGUGCACUCUGGGAUCUUGUUCAAUUUGCAUACACAGGCUGCCUUGAGUUAAAGGAGGAGACAAUUGAGAAUCUCUUAGCAGCUGCCUGCCUGCUCCAGCUCUCCCAAGUGGUGGAAGUAUGCUGCCAUUUCCUAAUGAAACUGCUCCAUCCAUCAAACUGCCUGGGUAUCCGUGCAUUUGCUGAUGCUCAGGGCUGCACUGAAUUAAUGAAGGUGGCUCACAGCUAUACUAUGGAACACAUUAUGGAGGUGAUCAAAAAUCAGGAGUUUCUACUACUUCCUGCAGAUGACAUCCUUAAACUUAUUGUAAGUGAUGACGUAAAUGUUCCGGAUGAAGAGACAAUAUUCCAUGCCUUGAUGCUGUGGGUGAAAUAUGACAUGCCAUCAAGAUGCAGGGAACUUGGAAAACUACUUGCUUAUAUCAGAUUACCUUUGCUACCACCGCAGCUUUUGGCAGACCUUGAAAAUAAUGCUCUCUUCAAAGAUGACCUGGAAUGCCAAAAACUUAUUCUUGAAGCGAUGAAAUACCAUCUGUUACCAGAGAGACGACCUUUAAUGCAGAGUCCAAGGACUAGGCCUCGAAAGUCUACUGUAGGAUCUCUGUACGCUGUUGGAGGGAUGGAUGCUAAUAAAGGUGCCACGACAAUAGAAAAAUAUGACCUGAGAACAAACACUUGGACCCAAGCUGGAGUGAUGAAUGGCAGGCGGCUGCAAUUUGGCCUUGCUGUCAUAGAUGAUAAACUUUAUGUGGUUGGAGGCAGAGAUGGCCUGAAGACUUUAAACACUGUAGAAUGUUACAACCCUAAAACAAAGACCUGGACUGUUUUGCCUCCUAUGUCAACUCACAGACAUGGUCUCGGAGUUGCAGUACUGGAAGGACCAAUGUACGCAGUAGGUGGCCAUGAUGGUUGGAGUUACCUAAACACAGUAGAGAGAUGGGAUCCACAAGCACGUCAGUGGACCUUUGUGGCCAGUAUGUCUAUUGCCAGAAGCACAGUGGGAGUGGCAGCAUUAAAUGGCAAGCUGUAUGCUGUCGGAGGGAGAGACGGGAGUGCUUGUCUCAAAUCUAUAGAAUGCUAUGACCCCCAUACCAACAAAUGGAGUAUGUGCACUCCAAUGUCCAAACGAAGAGGAGGUGUGGGUGUAGCAACAUGUGAUGGUUUCCUUUAUGCAGUUGGAGGCCACGAUGCCCCUGCUUCGAACCAUUGUUCUCGGCUUUCAGACUGUGUCGAGAGAUAUGAUCCAAAGACUGAUACCUGGACAACAAUAGCUUCGGUGAGUGUCCCCAGAGAUGCUGUUGGAGUCUGUCUCCUAGGAGACAAACUGUACGCAGUUGGCGGAUAUGACGGACAAACCUAUUUAAACACGAUGGAAUCAUAUGAUCCACAGACCAAUGAGUGGACACAGGCAGCAUCCUUAAACAUCGGAAGAGCUGGGGCCUGUGUUGUCGUUGUCAAAAUGUGAAGCUGCAGUCAAUUGUGUGAAGCU